AUGUCCGAACGGGCCCUAAAACGCAGGAAACCCAUGCCAGGGAUGGCCCAGAAUCCCGCCGUUCUCACCACCGUCCCGCUCGACAAUCUAUUAACCGAGAUCCACCGUCUCCUUGGUCCAACAUGGGCUUUACCCCCCUACGACAAUCUAUUACCAGACUAUAUAAAGCCCCCAUCAUCACAUCUGCAGAUAGAAGAUCUGAAUUUCCUGAUCAGGAAAGGCGCCUUUGACGUUCCACAAGCAGAACUUGGACAGGAGAUUUUGAAAUCGUACAUUCGUCAUGUGCAUCCGCACAUGCCGUUUUUGGACCUGGACCUAUUUUCAAAUGCCAUCUUCAAUGGAAAUAUAAAUUCUAUCGCCGCAUCUACAGCCUUUCAAGAUGGUAUCGAGGACGAUGGGCAAGAAGCAAUCAGUCUCCUCCUCUUCCAGGCCGUCAUGUUCGCAGGUGCUUUCUUCGUGGACCUGAAAUAUCUCUACGCAGCCGGCUUUCUCUCCAGGCGGAGUGCACUGGAGACCUUAUUCCAACGCGCCCGGGCCCUCCACGAUUUCGACUGCGAAGAAGACGACCUCGCCAUCAUGCAAAGCCUUCUCCUCAUGACAUACUGGUACGAGAAUCCAGAUCGAAACAAAGACGGCAGACACUGGAUCAAUGUCUGCGUCUCCCUCGCCUACAAAGUGGGCUUAUACCCGGAUGCGUCGGAUGAGACUGCCGAGGGGCGAUUCAAAAAUCUCCUUUGGUGGAGUAUGUUUACUCGCGACAGAUUAAUCGCCCUGCCUCUGCAAGAGGCACCACUUAUCAAAAACGAAGUAUACCUCUCCAUGCCGGUCCCCACGGCCGCAGACCUGGGCAUAUUCCCCCCGCGGCCUCGAAGCAGGAACUCCAGAUCCAAAUCCAAAUCCAAAUCCAAACCCAAAUCUACCGGAUCGGGCGACGACAGCGAUUCAGAUCUUGACUACGACUACGCGAGUGCCUGUUACCAGGAUAACGAGAAUAGCCUUGCGCUUAUCUUUAUCGAGAAGAUCAAGCUUUGUCGCUGUAUAAGGGACGACAUGUUCUCGUGGGAUCUGCAAAGGCUGUCCUCGUCAAACCCAAGCACAGAUAAAUUCAAAUCACGCAGAAGAACAAGUCUGGCUUUAUCAAAGCUGGACUUGGACGACUGGCUCGCGGGCCUACCACCCAAAAUUGCAUUCCGACCAAAACCCUUCCUCGCACCCACCGACGCGGACGUGAUAUUCCACGUCCACUGCGCCUGGCUACAAAUGGUGUAUUGCGAGAUUCACAGCACGCUCCAUCGACAAUUGGAGUUCUUCGCUGAGCACGAUGAGACGCCACGUUCUCCACAACAGCAAAAACAGCAGCAACUCUCCUCAAGUCCUGUCCUCCUCGGCGCGGCAGAAAUGACAACCGUCAUCCAAGAUCUAUGCCAAAAACAUCUCAUCUGCUAUCUGCCCACCAGCGUCGUGCCCAUGGUUCUGCGCGCGGGUAUAAUUCAUAUCCAGCAGAUGUGUACGGGGGAUGCGCAGGUGGAGAGUAAGGGAUCGCAGGGAUUGUUGCAGUGUAUUCGGGCGCUGCAGCAGCUCAGCCAGGUGUAUGGGUCUGCGCUUUUUCUGUCGUCGAUACUCGGGGGCCAGGCGAAGGGGUCUUUGGGGUCUUCUUCUGCGAUGGAGAUUCUGAAGGGGUUUGAUAUGGAUACGCUGGACCGGCUUACGUCGGGAUAUUCGGAAUCUAUAGCGUCGGCUAUGGUUCGGAUUACGGAGCCGUAUGAUGUGGAUGUUAUUUCUCGGAUAAGGAGUAGGCGGGAGAGUAUUUGUUAUUGA